CAAAACUGUUGUGGAACAAUCGUAUGUGUCUCUCUCUAUCUGUUUACAUGCAUUGAAAUGGCAGAAGCCAAUAUUUCUUCAGAUCAGUUCAGCUGUCCAGUGUGUCUGGAUCUACUGAAGGAUCCAGUGACUAUUCCCUGUGGACACAGUUACUGUAUGAGCUGUAUUACAGACUGCUGGAAUCAGGAUGAUCAGAAGAGAGUCUACAGCUGCCCUCAGUGCAGACAGAGCUUCACUACAAGACCUGCUUCAAAUAAAAACACCAUGCUGGCUGAAGUGGUGGAGAAACUGAAGAAGACUGAACUUCAAGCUGAUGUUCCUGUUGAUGCUGGAGCUGGAGAUGUGGAGUGUGAUGUCUGUAAUGGAAGAAAAUACAAAGCUGUCAAGUCCUGUCUAGUGUGUCUGAACUCUUACUGUCAAAAUCACCUUGAACAACAUGAGAGUUUCUUUAAAGGUAAGAGACACAAUUUGAUGGAUGCCACUGGACGACUCCAAGAGAUAAUCUGCUCUCAACAUGGUCGACUGUUGGAGGUUUUCUGUCGCUCUGAUGAAAAGUGUAUUUGUCUGCUGUGUACGAUGGAUGAACAUAAAAACCAUGACACUGUAUCAGCUGCAGCAGAGAGGACAGAGAAACAGAAACACAUGAAAGAAAUCCAGAGAAAAUAUCAGCAGAGAAUCCAGAAGAGAGAGAGAGAUCUUCAGCGGCUGAGAGAGUCUGUGGCGUCUCAUCAGCGCUCUGCACAGACAGCAGUGGAGGACAGUGAGAGGAUCUUUACUGAGCUGAUGCGCUCCAUUGAGAGAAGUCGCACUGAGGUGAUACAGUUGAUCAGAGAUCAGGAGAAGGCUGCAGUGAGUCGAGAUGAAGGACUCUUGCAGCGACUGAAGAAGGAGAUCGCUGAUCUGAGGUGGAGAGACGCUGAGCUGGAGCAGCUUUCACACACAGAUGAUCACAUCCAUUUCCUGCAGUGUUUCCAGUCUAUCUCUGCAGCUCCAGAAUCUACAGGCAGAAUUACUGUCAGUUCCCCUCUCUCUGUUGAAGAUAUAAAACAAUCUGUCUGUCAGCUGAGAGACAAACUGGAGGAUUUCUGCAAAGUGAUAAAAAAGAUUUCUGUCAACAUGGAUCCGAUCAGAGAAAAGUUCCUACAAUAUUUCCAUCAGUUCACUCUGGAUCCAAACACAGUUAAUAAACACCUCCGUCUGUCAGAUGGGAACAGAGUGGUUUCUUACACUGACACAGUCCAGCAGUAUCCUGAUCAUCCAGACAGAUUUGAUUGGUUUCAAGUGUUGUGUAGAGAGAGUGUGUGUGGACGCUGUUAUUGGGAGACUGAGUGGAGUGGGCUUGUAGGUGUGUUUAUAUCAGUGUCAUAUAAGAGCAUCAGCAGGAAGGGAAGGAUGAAUGAGUGUGGAUUUGGAUAUAAUGAUCAGUCUUGGAGUUUGUUCUGUUCUCCCUCCAGUUACUCAUUCAUUCACAAUAGCAAACACACUGAACUCCCUGUACCCUCCAGCUUAUGCAGAAUAGGAGUGUAUGUGGAUAACAGUGCAGGAACUUUGUGCUUCUACAGUGUCUCUGACAGAAAGACCCUCAUCCACAGAGUCCAGACCACCUUCACUCAACCUCUAUAUCCUGGGUUUAGUGUUUAUAAAGGAUCUGUGAAACUCUGUGAUGUAACAAUAUAGAUUAUAUAGAGAUUGUAUCAGUAAUACAGUCAUACAGCUUUAAUCAGUAACAGUGAGUUUUGUCAAGUCUUUAUUUUCUCAUUAUUAAAUCUAUUUUAUAUCUAGACAAGGUAUCUACUGUUGUAAUAGUUGAGGUGUUAAAGUGAGAUACUAAUACUGUAAAUUAUGUAAAAUCCUCAUAUAGACACAAUCACACAACACAAAUUCUGGUGUUUAUUUAUGGUUUUGUAAUGAGUGAUUACACACUCAAAAUAAUUCACUCAAGCUAUUAAAGAGUGUGAAAAACAGUAAAGAAUGUGACGUCACAUUUAUUUUGAAUCAGAAUGUUGUCUCUAAUCUUGUCAAACCAGUGUUAUUAUAGUUAACAAAAACUGAAACUAAAACUAAAUAAAAAUAUUUUCGUAAUCUAGAAUAAAAAUAAAAAUGGAAACUAUUGGAAAAUCUGAAAUUAAACUAAAAUACUUUUUCGUAAAUUAAAAACGAACUAAAAUAAAAAUGAUCUCAAAUUAAUUUUCGUUUUAUAUAUACUAGGGUGAAUUUGGGCAAAGUGGGACACUUUUGAAAAUUUUUCCAUUUGUUGACACUUUUAAUGUGUAAAUGUAACUCCUUUUACAAUGUUCUUCUUGAAAUUACAGUCUACAGGAACUAUCAUGUUUUCAAGCUCAGUUACACAUAGAGUUUGCAGACUGCUGAUGUCAAGAUUUACCGUAAAAAAAGACUUCAGAAGACAUGGAUUAAUUUUAUGCUGUCUUUAUGUGCUUUUUGGAGCUGUGGCAGCAGGGGCGUGGUCAAGUGCCCUUCCUGAGAGAGAGAAGCGGUAAGGGCACUUACACCUGAGCUAAAUUAUGAUUAACACCUGUCACUAAUUACAGCGAGCAUGUGGAGAGCGGCAUAAAAAGAGGCACACCGCCAGCAGAGGAGAGAGAGAGAAUCGCGGUCCGGAAGCCUUUAUUGUGAAUCUAAAAGUUUGUGAAUCUAAAUGUUUGUGAAGCUGGCGUGUCGUGGCGCCCCUGAAAGCCAAUAAAAGCUCAUGUACCUGAGUUGAAGGAACCUGUUUUCUGGUGUCCUCCUUGACGUCCCUCCACAGUCACUUUACACAUAUUCUGUAAAUGUAUAAUGCCUGUAAUAUCAACCCUAACUGUAAUCAAAAGAGAUUUGAGACUGGACUCUUUUAACUCAAAUGCAAAAUUCAUAGUAGCAUCCUGACAACGACCCAUGACUGUAUCAUGCAUCAUACAAAUGACUCCUGAAUGUGUAAACACUGUUCUUCUUUCUUCAGAAUGUGAAAAUGAUUUCUGUAAUGCAUCAGCUUAAUGUGUUCUGUGUAGAUGUUGUUGUCUAGAAACUUUUUGUUAUUCUUAAUAUAUUUAAAUAUAUUUACUUUAGU